AUGAAGUCCUUCACAGUGGCCCUUGCUGUUCUUUGUGUGGCUGCCUUCUGCUACCAGGCCUCAUCUUCACCAGCUCUUGGCCAUGUUUCUGGCCCUUGUUGCCUGCAAUAUCUCACCAGAGAGAUUCCCCACAUAUUUGUGAACGCGUACAAGUACACAAAUGGCCACUGCUCCCAGCCAGGCGUCAUAUUUACCACAAUGAAAGGACACUUGCAGUGUGUCAACCCCGAAGACAAGUGGGUCCAGCAUAUCAUGAAACAUCUAAAGGACCAGGCAGGCAAUGGGAACACAACACCAUAG